AUGCAUACAAACGUGUGGUUAACACUAAAAUGGCACGAUUUUCAAAUGCGUUGGAAUCCAGUGAAAUACGGUGAAAUCAGACAAAUUCGAGUGCAGCCGGACAAAGUGUGGCUGCCUGACAUCGUUCUGUUCAACAAGUACGUGGUGGUAAAUGACCAACGCACUGCAAGCAACCACGAGUUUUACUAG